CAAAGCAACCCGACGUGAAAGUAGUUCUCUCGUUCAGUAGAAAAAUAACACGCAUUUUGGAACAAAUAGUCUGACAAACAGAAAACACAACUAGGAUGGCCUCUGCUAACACUUCCUGGUCUGAAGAGAACCUUUCAUGUACCAUCUGUCUGGAUGUGUUCAACAGUCCAGUAACCACACCAUGUGGACACAACUUCUGCAAAACCUGUAUUAAUCAUUUCUGGGACGAAAAACUUGAGUACAAAUGUCCCCUCUGCAACGAGCUUUUCCACACUAGACCUGAUCUACGGGUCAAUAUCCUCUUAUCAGAGAUGGUUGAUCGGUUUGGAACGCCCGUACGAGUUAAAGAGCAGCCUUGUGUUGAACCAGGAGAAGUUCCCUGUGACGUCUGUACUGGGACCCAGCUGAAGGCUGUGAAGUCCUGCCUAGUGUGUCUUAUCUCUUACUGCCAAACCCACCUGGAGCCACAUCAGAGAGUCACAAUCCUGAAGAAACAUCCGCUGGUCGAGCCUAUGGACCGUCUGGAAGACAGGAUGUGCGAAAAACACGACAGAAUCCUGGAGCUCUUCUGCAAGAAGGAACAGGUGUGUGUGUGUCUGUUGUGCACAGUGACGGACCACAAGUCCCAUCCUGUUGUCCCUCUGAAGGAGGAAUAUGAAGUGAAGACGGCCCAGCUGGGGAAGAUAGAGGCUGAAGUCCCACAGAGGAUCCAGGAGAGAAAACUAAAGAUUAAGGAGAUGAAAGACACAGUAGAAUUUAGCAAGAAAGACGCAGACAAAGAGAUAGCUGAUGCUAGGCAGGCCCUCACUGCUUUGAUAGGCUGUGUUGAAAAGUGCCUGGAUGAUUUCAACCAAAUGGUUAAAGAGAGGCUGAAAUCCACAGAGAAACAAGCUGAAGACCUCAUCAAAGGGCUGGAGCAGGAAGUAGUCGAUCUGACCAAGAGAAUGUCAACGGUGAAGCAGCUCUUACACACUGAAGACCACCUCCACUUCCUCAAGGCCUUCAGAUCCCUGAAGGAUCCUCCACGCAACAGAAUCUGGUCGACGGUUGCUGUCCGUCCUCCGUCUUACAAAGGGGCCUUAGGGAGGUCCCUGCAACAGCUGGAGGAGACGCUGAACGUCGAGAUGAAGAAGCUGCGUUCUGGUGAUGAACCGAAGAGGGUCCAGAAGCAUAAAGUUGAUGUGCUUACGGAAUCUCGUACAGCUCAUCCCCGUUUCCUAAUGAGUGACUGGAGUUGAAAAAGGGUACAGGAUGGAGGCAUUUGGAAUAAUUUCAAUCGCCAAUAUUCGGGAUUUAGACAGCAUUUAUCUGUUCUUGCAAGGCAGAGCUUCACCUUCAACGGGAGAUCUUACUUUGAGGUCCAGGUUAAAGGCAAUACUAAAUGGAAUUUAGGAGUGACCACGAUCCCUGGGUCAAUAUCAGAUCACGUCACAUUCAUUCCUAGCCAUGGUUACUGGAUUCUUACCUACAACAAUGGGUUGGUAUUUAGUGAUGACCCUGAUGUCCGUCUCCCUCUGAGAGCUGAGCUCCAGAAGGUGGGGGUGUUUGUUGAUUAUGAUGAGGGUCAGGUCUCCUUCUAUGAUGUGGGAGCCAGGGUUCAUAUCUACUCUGCUACUGGCUGCACCUUUAGUCAGCCUCUCUAUCCAAUCCUCGAUCUAGGGAAUAUUUAUGAAGGCGUAUCAUCUGCCCGUCUGAUCAUCUCACCUGUCAAUCAAACAGACUAGGACCUUUGUUUGAUUAUAAAACGAACAAACCACCAAAACAACUAAUGUUGUUUCAUGACUUAGAAUCUCUACUAUGUGAGAUCCGAGAGAACAUAACCCUGACAUUAAAAAAAUAACCUCUUUGUAAAGGAUAACAUUACAUUAUAUUCAUCAUAAAGGUCAUAAAGGUUUAUUGUUGUACAAUUGUUUAAGGGUGCAGUUAUGUAGAACUAGUUUCGGGGUUAAUGUGUGCAUCAUAAUCGUAUCAUUACUAUUUGUUUAUAUUUAGAACUCAUGAAUGACUGCACAAUAUAACGUAAAAAAAACAUUUCUGAUUUCAAUAAAAAUGGAAAAACAGCUGAUGAGUCGAUUACUUUUAAUGUCCAAUAUACAACAACCCAACAUUUGUAACAAACUUACACAAAGGUCACAAUGACUACAUGUAAAGAUUCUCCCCAUGUGUGUGAGUAUGUGUGAGUGACUUUAUGUGAGCUCUCCUCUCAUCUUAGAUUCUCCUCCCUCCUUCCUCUCUUCUCUUCCUCCUCUCUCCUAGCUUUGCUCCCCUUUCUAGCUCAUCCAGGAUUGUGUUAAUAAUUGUGUUAUAUACUCGAGACUGAACCGAAGGGUCAGUCUCGAGUGUUGAUGACAUUGUUUGUUUAAAGAUGCUCAAAUGUUGGUUUGGUUCCAGUGUGUCCGUCUGACCUGAGCUGUUCUGGCCGGUCCACGGUUGCUUGGUGAAUCUAUGUUUUCCUAUCAAGUGUGACUUUUAAUGCGACGUCAACACGAGCGAGAAAUUAACUGCCACACCUGAGCACGGUUUCUGCUCGGACACAAAUCCGAUUUCUCCGGCCACUUCUGCCCUUGGAGGGCAGAAACCCUGAAGAUAUUGUACAUAAAAAUGUAAAAGGUCCAGAGUAAAUACUCUUAUCUUUUAUGUUAAAAAAUAUAUAAAUAUAAAUAUGUGUUACAAGAUUUUAAAACGUAGGUGAUUUUGUAACAUGAUGAGGUGUCUUGCUAGCGAACGUUCACGUUGUGUUGCACAGUCACUCGAAUGGCUCGUUGGGUAUUUUCUGUAUUCACCAUCAAAAUAAGCUUUAAAAUACUGUUGAAAUUGUUUUGAGAUAAUGAAUAAAUGUUUUUACAUUCCAAAAUAGAAUUAGAUACAAAUGAUAUAAUGUUCUGUUCAAUCAUUCAUGUGUUGUGAAUUUCAGUUGAAAUAAAUACUUUUAAGCGUACAUGUUUACGAUCCAGAGUCCUUGACGAUUAACUCAAUGAAGCGAUGUGAUGUCAGGUCAGCGCUGCUAAGGGACACUUACCUGCUGCAAUAACUCUUAAAACUCUUAAAGUAUUUUAACAACAGAACCAAACAUGUUUAGUUAAAAAACGUUUUAAUGUUAAAUCAACACGUUAACCUCCUAAUGAACAACGAGAGCCCGGUGACGGGGGGCCGGGGGUCCCCGGGCGGGUGGUUCCCUAGGAUACGGUCCCCUAGGUGACCCGGUACACCU